AUGGUGGCGACCAUAUGGCUGAAGCUGCCCGAGUCCGAAUGGAUGCUCCUGCCGACGCCGCUGACGGUGGCGACCAUCUGCAUGAACCCGUUCGUGUUCCUCUGGAUGCUCCUCACGCUGUCACUGACUGUGGCGACCAUCCGCAUGAGCCCGUUCGGUGGCGACCCUCUCUGCAUGAACCCGCUCUGCGUGCUCUCGCUCGUGAGGAUGCUGAUGUCAUCGGGGAGGAUCCUGACGCUGCCGCCGAUGGUGGCGGCCAUCUGCAUGAAGCCGCUCGCGUCCGUUUGGAUGAUCUUGCCGCCGCCGUUGACGGGGGCGACCAUCUGCAUGAACCCGGAGUGGGAGCUGCACCGCGCGCCUCCGCCCGCGGCGCUCCGAGAGGCCUGCGGCAGCGUGCGCUGCCUGCUCCCACCGCCGGCAGGCGGGGGCGCUGGCGCGCCCGCCGAAUGGGCUCUGCCAGCGGCGCAUUCCGAGCGGCAGCACGCGGCCAAAGCCGUCAGGUGCCUGCUGGUGGCGCAGCGCCUGCGGCACGGCCUCGUGGAGGCCACCCUGGAGCAGGAGAGUGACCCCGAGGGCGCCGGCGGCCCCCGCGGCGCACUGCCCGCCGCCCCCGUUGCCGUGCCCACCGCCAGCGCAGCCGAGGCCUGCGCCCCGGGAGGCGACGACAGCUGCCCUCUGCACAUCGCCGAGGAGAAGGCGGACGCCCCCGUGGAGGGACUCGUCGUGGAGCUGGGCAGGCAGGACCGCCUGGUGUGUGAGCUCGUGCUCCCAGAAGGCAGACACACCAGGUAUUUGGUACUCCACAAGUUCCUGCUCAUGCUGGUGCAGCCCGACCUCGUCGCAGCCGGGAGCGCCGUCGUCAGGACGUCGGUGCCAGUGCGGCAGGUGGAGCCCCACGUGGACCGCGGAGACCCGCGGUCUCUCCGUCUCGGGCUGCGGCUGCCGCGGAGCACGCCUUGCCCGGGCGAGGCGCGGCCCUACGACCCGAGCCUCGGCGAGGUAGAGCCAGGCAUGCGCCCGGCGCCGGAGGAGCUCCGCGGCAGCUCGCUUUUCACGGUGACGCUGGCCUUCGAGGACACGAGGCGGUGCCGCAUCGCCGACGAGCACCUGCGAAGGCGCCGCGGCGUGGCGCGGCAGCUGCUGCAGGGCAGGGUGGAGGCGUUCGUGGAGGCGCUGUGCUCCUGA